CAGUGGAGGAAGGUGCAAACCCCUGAAAUCCCCAGCCAGCUGCUACACGUUGAUGGGUCCUCUCAAACGCGGGACAGUUCAGUUUCCAUCUUUUGUUCCUGUUAUUGUUGUUGAAGACUCGUUCAUUCGCACACCAGGAAACCCACUUUCGCGAGAAAACAUCAGGCAACUCAGCAAAAAGGUCAUCGAGUCGCGGAACACUCGAAGGGCGGAAAGCAGCCUGCAAGUACCACUGUUAUUUCUUUCACCUGCUUCCCCUCUUCACUUUUUCCCCAGUCUCAAUUUGAAAUUUUAAUUCCCAAUCUCCCUCAGUCCCAAGUCACCUUGACGCAAACCAAUAUAGUCACCAGAGCACCGACGCGUCUCACCAUGGCAGGCGACAAAGACGAGCCAGAAGUGCGAGUUCACGAUCCCAUGCCAUCGGGAUACGUCUUCGUUCCCAAGGGAGACGUAUACAUCACUAAAAAUUGUCGCCAGGAGACAUAUUCGGCCGGCCAGACCGUUUACGUGGUGGUUGACAAACGUCGGAAACCGACCGGCCUUCGCUGUCCUGCCUCCAUCUUCAAGGCCGUCCAAGACUUGAACCAGGCUACAGCUGCGAAACGUGCAGAGGCUGUACAGAAGCGAGAUGCAGCUAUUGAAGGCGACUUUGAAGAGGCACUAAAGAGGCUGUUCCCCAACGCACCCAAAGAGUCCAUUGCCAAGAUUGUGAGCCAUGCGCUCAAGAAGCGUAGCAGGAGAGUGGGAAGAAGCGGGACGGUACGGCUAGAUGACAAGGUGAAGCUGGCGGUGCGAGCACAUAUCCGGCACCAGCAUACGGAGUAUGAACAGCUACUGAGACAGGGCACGAAUCGCGAAAAAGCCAGAAUACAGGUCUUCAGCAAGCUUAAUGAGGUUGCGAGACUGUGGGGUGGACGGUCGGCGAAGAGUACUGGGCUCAAGCGAAAGGCCGGAAACGAUGGAAGCGACACAAGAACAGCUCAGGAAAGGAGCGAAUUGCACAAGAGACAACAGAAGGAGGAAACACUCGAAACUGCAGCUACCAAUGCAAAGACCGCGCGACACAACAAGACAAAACGAACCAGAAAGUUAACCGUCGUUGACAGAAGAUUGCUAGCUGAGGCAAGCAGGAAAUCAAAGGUAUCUGGCCUACGUGUUCAAACUCGCCGUAUGGCCAGGGAAGGAAUCGAACCUUUGGGAGGUACCGAGGAAGAACCGAUCGUCAUCGACGACAGCGACGGACAAGAAGCUGUCUUUACUAGAGGCGAGGACACUGACUUUGACGACGGCGAUGAAUCGGACUGGAGCAACUGGAGCGACAUCAGCUUUGGCAACGCCACUGGGAAAAAGUCGCGGCAGAACGACCAUCACUGGUCAAAGCCAUGCCGGACCUGAUGGUCUAUGCUGAGUGGCUGCACAAUGGCUGACCAACGUAACAACAUGCCGGUAGCUGCCACGAGACCAACUGUACCAUGCAUAUUCCAUGAUCUCUGUAACAUUUAAACCUGUGACCUGUGCCUGGGCUACGC